CCAUGGCUCCUAAAAGAAAGAACCUAGCAAUAGUUGGGGAUGGUGCCUGUGGUAAAACAUGUCUUCUCAGCGUCUUCAGCAAAGAUCAGUUCCCUGAAGUUAAUGUGCCAACUGUUUUUGACACUUUUGUAGCAGAUUUUGUAGUGGGCGGAAAAAAGGUUGAGCUGGUGUUGAUGGAUACAAAUGAACAGAGGUUAUGUGAAAGACUCAAUGCUUUGUGUCAUGAACAUACAAAUGUCAUCCUUAUGUGUUUUUCCAUCGACAGCCCCGACAGUUUAGAGAAUAUUCAAAAGAAGUGGACACCAGAAGUGAAGCAAUUCUGUCCUAAUGUACCUAUCAUAUUAGUAGGCAACAAAAAGGAUCUCAGGAAUGAUGAUAACACUAGGAGAGAACUGUCCAAGAUGAAACAAGAACCAGUUAAAACAGAAGAAGGCCUUGCAAUGGCAGCGAAGAUAGGUGCUUUUAUCUACCUUGAGUGCUCCGCCAAGACCAAGGAAGGGGUUAGGGAAGUCUUUGAAACAGCCAAAAGAGUUGCCUUGCCAGUAAAGAAGAGGAUGGACAAGUGCACCUUGCUUUAGACCUCUGGAACUGCAACAACCUGCAUGGGAAAUGCACGUCUGCCAGGGAGGAGGAA